AUGAUUAGGACUACGUCCAUAUCCGAAUCGGAGAACAGCUUUUACAAAAGUUUUCUGAAACCCCGAGCUAACAUUGCCGAAUUCUACUUGAAUUUCAACCAUGCCGUAGAAUUCCAGCGGAACAGUAGAACAACGUUGGACUACCACGAUGCUACUGUCCUGCCCAUAUUGGCCACUGCUUUGCCAUUCGAGAAACAUGCUUCCACGUUGUACACCGAUAGUAUGUUCAAGAAAAUACAGGAAGAAAUUGUUGAGGGUAAUGACAGAUGCCGCGUGCUUGGAUUUUCAUCUACAGACAUGGUUGACACCUACGAGCUUGGGGACAACAAUCGCAAUUCGUAUUUUGUGCGUCACGAUAAGACUGAUGACUCAUACUCGUGCGAAUGCAAACUUUUCGAUAAAUACUGCGAGAAUAGAUGGAUGAAGACUCCGUUAGCCAAGGCAGUACAUGGGGAGUUUUUUGAUGCCCUGCCUACCAUGUCCAUCGUUGGCAAUAGGCAAACUGUUUCAAAGCAAGCGAUUUCGAUGUUCUAUGGUUUUCUUCGACGAUUUGAGACGGACAUUGAAGUGUUUCGUGCAUUCGUUGGUGGUGUGGAAGAACUUAGUAAUUCUCUUCAAGCUGGAACUCCGACAACAUCCGCCUCUGAAAAGAAGCGGAUGAUUGAAGAGUUUUAUGGUAUGGUAAGGCCUGAAGUAGUUGAGGUCCAUCCUCCGGAUGUCGUGAAGACCAAGGGCCACGCUAGCAGCUCAGCGAGCCGUCUGAUUUCCAAGAGAGAAAAGGCUAUAAAGGAUGCUACUAGGCCUCUUAGACGGUGUAAGGCGUGCGAUGAGAUGGGCCAUCACAACUCUCGAAAUUGUCCAAUGCUUAAAGAGACGGCGAUGGAGAAAGAGAUGCGGAAGGGCAAGAGGCCAGCUUGA